CGCUGCAGAGGCUGCCGCCGCUGCAGCGCCGGUCGAGCCGACCAUGUCUUUUUUUUGCGCCGAGGCGGCGGCUGCAGGAGGCGCCAGCUCCGAGGCGCCCGCCGACCCGGCUCCGGCAGGGUCGGCAGCGGCGGCGAUGCCGGCGGAGGUCAGGAUCCGCUUCUACAGCUUCAACAUGGCCAACAGCGGCGACCUCAGGCACAUCGGGGCCCUGUUGGGGAUCCGUGGGAGGCAAGACUUUGCCUCGAUCUUGAGCGAGCCCUUGGCGGAUGCGCGGUUGCCAGACAUCGUAUCGAUGGCGAUGCCAGAGAUUCCUGCGGACGAGAGGGUGGUCGAGGCUUUGUUGGCAGCGCACCGAGGUAGCAGAAAUCCCCAGCCAGACGGUCUCCUCGCGGCCUCCGCAAUCAGCGAGAGCGUUGAGGGCAGAGAGAACGCAGUGCGGGGCUUGAUAGAAUCUCUGGCCGGUGGUUACAACGGGGACCUGAAGACGGUGCUGGCGUUUGCGAGCUCUCGCUUCGAGGAAGACAAGACAGGCGAUCUCUUUGGCCUCUUUACGGACGCCAUGGUGGGACCGUAUGCUGUUCCUAAUCCCUCGAAGGCCUUCUUGGGCCGCAGCCUCGGCGGGCGAGACAGAGGCUUCCACGGGUACCGCUUCUGCUUCGUCGGGGCGCACUUCCCCAUCUCGAAGCUCUCCGGGGUCCUCGAGGCGGAGGAUCCCUCGCGGGAGCCGCUGGAGUCUGCCAAGCGCUUGUGCGCCAGCGAGCUGCGCAACGUGCUGCGAAAGGCGAGGGCGGGCUCUGUUCUCGCGUGCAGGAGCACCAUCCUGUUUGUGCACGGCGACCUGAACAGCAGAAGCAUGCUGUUAGGAAGUUCUCUCUACGACAUCAUGCACGAGGUUUUGAGCGACGAGGUGCUUCAAGAUGCAAUCUCUCAUGAUCUGGGCAUCCCCCCAGGACGGUGGUAUGAGCUCGAUGCCCAAGACACCGCGUCUGCGCUCCCCGCGACUUACAAGUUCAGGGCCCAGCCAUCGCAACAGCAGGUCGAGGCCGCCAGCAGAGACAAGCGCGAGUUGCUCCGCCUGGGUGACCUGAUAGAGGCAGCGUCCUGCGCACGACUCUUCCCGAACGCUCCGGAGAUCUCCAUGGAUGCGCACAACCCCGAGGCGUACAGAAAGGUAUUGAAGGACGCGGGGGACGAGUUUCUAGAUCGGUGGGCCAUCAAGUUCAAGGAGAAGGAGUUCAAGAAUUACAGAUUCCCCGCCUGCGCGGACAGGGUCAUCUACUGGGCGCCCCGGGGACUGGCAUCCCGCAUCUCGUGGGAAUUUCCAGACGGUGGCACCAAGGUGAACCACGCCCAGGGGGGCAGCGACCACCGCCCCGUCAUCCUCGAGGCAGUGCUGAGGCUGGCGCCCGCACCCCUCCGCUCGGAGGCGGAGAGGGCCGCGGAGGCGGGCUCGGAGCCGCCGCGGCGGGCGGGCGCGGCGGCGGCCUCGGCGCAGCCGGGGCGCGUGGGGCGCCUGUCGCUGCUGCUGGAUACGCAGGCCGGCGGCGAGGGCGACCGCGCGGGACCACAGGCCGCCCUCAUGCGGAGGUCGAUGGCGCAGGGCAGCGAGGACUCCUUUCCACGGGCGGGAGGCAGCUCGGCGCUGCGGGGCAGGCCGCCGAAAAUCGAAGAGGUGUGCUCCCAGGGCUUCACCGUCUUCCGGCGGCGGCACCACUGCAGGAGAACUGCGGGCGCUGCGGGUGCCUCCGGUGCUCGCCGCCGGAGUGCAUGAAGCCCCUGCCCGCCUGGGCUCCCGGAGCCGCAGCUGCACUGCGUGCUGUGCGAGCGCGGCCAGGCGACGUGAGGCCAAUUUCGUCGCCCUAUAUCCGCCGCGCGCAGGCCAGGCGACGCGAGGUCAGAGGAGGAA